AUGGUAAGUGUGGAAAAAAGCGUGCCGCCGAAAGAUGAGGAGAUCAGCGAUCCUUAUGAAUCACAGGCGAGGAAUUCAUAUCCAGUGAAAUGGUAUCGCUCAACCUUCUACAAUGCUCUCGUUUUGGGUCUUUGCAACCUCCUUGCCCCAGGCAUAUGGGGAGCGAUGAACUCGCUAGGUGGGGGAGGCGAAGAGAAACCCUACCUUGUUAAUGCAGCAAACGCUCUCACCUUCGGUCUCAUGGUUGUAUCCUGCUUUUUAGGUAGCGUUGUCGUUCGAUUCAUCGGCAUCAAAUGGACCUUGAUCAUUGGAACAAUGGGCUAUGCGCCAUACGCAGCAGGGUUAUACACAAACAAUCGGUUCGGGGAUUCGUGGCUCGUGAUUCUGGGCGCCGCACUUUGCGGUAUUUCAGCAGGCAUCUUCUGGAUGGCCGAAGCUGCAAUCGCGCUUUCAUACCCCGAGCCAUAUAACCAGGGACGGUUCUUAGGAUUCUGGCUGAGUUUUCGCGUGGGGGGACAGAUCCUGGGCGGCGCCAUCAGUCUGGGUAUCAAUGCCAAUCGUGCGACUGAAGGCAGCGUGUCGUACACCGUUUACAUUAUCUUCAUUGCUCUGCAGGCUUUGGGUCCAUUUGCAGGAUUGCUUCUCAAUUCGCCGUCUCGCGUGCAGAGAAAAGAUGGGGUUCCUGUGCGACUUCAAGUGAAUAACAGUAUUGGGUUUGAGAUUCAGCAGAUGACAAAGCUGUUCUUCAAUCGCAAAUUCCUGUUGAUCAUUCCUUUUAUCUGUCAGGCUGUUUAUACCGAGGCUGUCAUGUUUUCUUAUGAGGACUUGUGGUUCACUGUGCGCUCGAGAGCUCUCGGUUCAUUCUUGAGUGGUGUGGUUGCACUGAUUGCAGGGAAUCUCCUUGGGGCUUUCCUCGAUAACAAAUCCAUAUCACUCAAGACGCGGACGAGAUCUGCAUUUUUCUUUGUUGUUGGCUGGCAAGGGAUCUGUUGGAUCUGGGCAACAGUGAACGCGACGGAAUUCCACAAGACAAACCCAGUGUACGACUGGGUUGAUCCUGGAUUUGGAAAGGCUUUUGCUCUCUUCCUAUUUUGGGUUGCCGGUUUCCAACUCAACUAUAUGUAUCUAUUCUUUUUGGUCGGUAACUUGGCUGAUAACGAUGAAGAAGUCGUGCGCAUUGCUGGUUUGCUGCGUGGAACUGAGUCGGCCGCGCAAGCUGUCAGUUAUGGCCUAAGCAGUGUAGCUGUCAUGGCUGCCGUGGGAAGCGUUUACCUCAACUUUGUUCUUUGGGCAAUUGCGAUUCUGCCUGCAUGGCUCCUUGUUAAAGAAAUUGGAAAUCUGUUUGGGGAUAAGAAGCUGGAAAGAGAAGCUCGAGUUUUACGUGAGCCAUCUGAUACUGAGUAA